AUGCCUCGUGUACUGGCUACAUCGCUCCUCGUUCUGCAUGCUGCCGCGCAGCUCGCCUAUGCUCAAAAUCCAGAAAACCAGGCCAACUCGAUCGUACCUUACACCGUGCCAAGCGAACCCAGGUACGACUAUGCGGAAGUUUUGCACAAGAGCCUGUUGUUUUACCAUGCCCAGCGCUCGGGCAAGCUGGGUCCCAACCGACGUUUGGCGUGGCGUGGAGAUUCGUGUUUUGAUUGUGUUGGUACCAAUGGCGAAGAUCUAUCGGGUGGUUACUUUGAGGCCGCAAACACCAUGAAAUGGGGGCUUCCUAUGGCAUGGACGCUGACCCAACUUUCGUACAAUGUGCAUGUGUUUUCCGAGGCUAUGCAAGCCGUGAAUGAGUAUGAUGAAGCGCUCGAGGGCAUUAAGUGGGGUAUAGAUUAUCUGGUCAACUGCAUUAGCAGCCCGGAUCAAUUUGUCGGUCAAUUCGGGGUCAGCGCUAUUGGAAACACCGACAUCGAUUUUGGAUACUUUGGGCCGGCCGAAGAGUACGAGAUGUGGGCUCCUCGGGGAAUCAAACGUUCUGAAGGCAUCGCAUACAUCAACUCGACGAACCCUUCCUCCGAGAUUCUUGGUGAAUCAUCUGCAGCGCUCGCGGCUGCCUCGGUAGUGUUUGCGAACAAGGACAAACAAUAUUCGGAGAAACUUCGUGGACAUGCCAUAGAUUUGUACAACCGAGCUGUCAAGGACCAAGGCACAUACAUGAGGAGUACCCAUCCAAACCUGCAGACCGUCAAGUCUUGGUACCCAAGCACGAUCUUCGAAGACGAGUUGGCUUGGUCCGCAGCGUGGCUGUACGUCGCAACUGGGGACGAACAGUGGCGGGGGAGGGCCGAUGAGUGGAUUAUCAAGGCCGGUAGUCAUUUAGGCGAAUACUCGUGGGACGAAAAGUUGGUCGGCACGCAUAUGUUGUUGUUCCACCAGACCAAGAAUGAGACAUACAAGGCUGCCGUCGAGCAAUUCUUCACCGUUUUCCGCCCUGGAGGAAGCAUCAAGCAAACUGCCAAGGGCUUGUCUUUCUUCUACGGCUGGGGUUCCCUUCGCUAUGCGUCAAACCAUGGGUUUAUCAUGAUGGCGUAUUCCAAGGUUAUUGGAUAUGAUAACCCUAACGCGACUUGGGCUAUCCAGUAUGCAUCUCAGCAGAUCAACUAUGCUCUCGGUGAUGCUGGACGCUCUUGGGUUGUCGGGUUCGGCAAGGACUCGCCCGUCCGCCCCUACCAUAAAUCUUCGUACAACUCAUUUAUCGACUACCCCAUGCGCGGGCAAGAUAACGGCGCCCAGGGACAAGACUUUUUGUUUUCUUCCACUGUCAACCGAUUCAUCCUUUACGGUGCCCUGGAGGGCGGUCCGGCCUGGAACGACACCUUCAAGGAUGACCUACUUAUCCUUCGCUUUGCACAGGUGACCCAGGACUACAAUGCCGGCUUUACUGGCUUGACCGCUGCUAUGAUUGACUAUUAUGGUCACAAUAAGUUCAAGGCGUUCACUGACUGCGGUCUCGACCUCGGUUGGUCCCACCCCAAUGCCUCCAAUCCUCCCCAGUGGCCCGCGGAUGAUUGCUACCAUACAUGCAACACUGGUUGCGUAAAAUCCACUCCCAAUGGGCCCAACAGUACCACCGGAACUAACCCUGAGCAAUCCUCUUCAACGGGAGCGGCCGUGGCCGGUGUGACCGUGCAGGGUUUGACAGUCGGGCUGUUUGUCGCGAGCGUUUUUGGCGCACUUACUCUCCUUUGA